AUGGACCAGCCGAAGGAUGGGGCUGCGGAGAAUGGGAACAGCUUUCUGCUGCCGACCCCCGGGACGGAGUCUUGUCCCUUCCCAGCCCUACCACCCUCGUUCCUGAGCAACCUAGAUCCAGCCCACCUAGGUCUCCCGGAGCAUCUGGCCUCUGUCACCGUCCCCAUCCGCCUGGACACGCUGUCCUACCUCCUGCACAGUGCCCUGCUGGGGACCUACAACCUCCAGCAGUCCCUCCCCCCGUGCUCCUGUGCCACGGAGGCGUACCAUGUCCAGUCAGACACAGUCAGGAGGCCAUUCAGGGGCCGGGGACGUGGUUGGGGAUAUGGGGGCUGGGAAGGUCAGGGAAGGCCUCCACGAGGCCAGGGCCCAUUGAGAUGGGGCCCUGGGAGAGGCCAGCAGUUGGACCGGAACACGACAAGGAGCCCUGGGGCUGGCCCCAAGACCCCGACGAUGACUCCACCAGCUCAGGAUGGGCAGAAGCAUUCCGGGGCGCAGGAGUCAUCCCUCUCACGGCAGCCUGUUUCCGAAAACUGGGAGGCAGAUUACUAG